AGAGAAGAUGAUGCCAAGUCGGAGAUUGCCAACCAGCAUCAGGUUGGUCGUAUGAAAGGAGGCGUUUUUGGACGUUACUAUACAUCAGGACUUGGAGGGAUUCUUAUAGAAGAAUUUGAGUCGCCGUUGAUCGCUUUAGGUGCUUUAAAGACAAGCGCAUUAUCCGAGCUCGAAUCCCCUUUGGGCGCUGAUAAGACCCAGGCGACGUAUGCUGAUCAAAGUUACUAUGCAAGAAAAUGUGAUAUGACGGAGCCCGAUUGUAUGUAUGCAACUGAAGAAACCCUACCGCACUGGCAAUGGAUGCAAAAAGCCUAA